GAUUAGACCUGGAGCGAUAAACACGCGAGUUUUUCGGUGCUCUCGGGAUUGGAUUAGGUUAAGUGCUGGACGAGUUGUACGGAUCCUUUGAGGAUAUAGCUAGUGAUUCGUCGUAGUGGAUACACCCUGUGCAAUAUUGGAUACUUGUACAAAGUAGAUUAAUAUUAAGCUGUGACACGUGCCUCGAGAGCAAUACUGUGCUUCAACGAGUCGGAAAAAGUGAAAGAUUUUUCCUCGGAAGUGAGUGAUUGGUCAUAAUUCCACCCAAGAAGAAGCUGUUCAUUUUCCACACCAUUGCAACACGGCCAAAGCCAGUCCAGUCCAAGGCGGUGUACUGCACAGUUCAGUGUGUCGUGACGAGUCAAAAGAGUGUUUCUCGGCUGCAGUCUUCUCCGGAGUGAUCUAGAUUCUAUGGAAACGGACGACGUCGGUGGGACCUUCGGUGUCGAUAUUAUUGGCAACUAGUGUUACAUCAGCUUCUCGCUACAAAGAAGCACGUUUCGAAUCAGCGUGAACUCGCAAACGAACCAAUCGUCGGAAGGAGCAGAUCCAGAGGAGCAGAAGGAGCAGCAGCAGAUUAUGAGAGGCAUAUGACUAUCAACGACGAUUGAUUAAUUUCGCAUCGACUCCAGCGCCACCCAUAUGCCAUCAAAAUGAAGCACUUUCUAUACAUAAUUCUCAUCUCGAUACUGCUCAGCAAGCACUACGGUUUAGCGCACGUAAUCAGGAAACGCCAGCUCUUUCGCGAGCAGGUCCUGCCACACGCCGGCGGUAAAAUCCCGGACUCGGCGUUCCACACCGACCGGCUAGCGUUGAACCGACUCCAGAAGGACGGCAUUGCCGUCCCGGACGGAGUGCUGCUGGAGCAGCGUCAUCACCAAGUCUACCCACAUCCGCAGCGAGGCACGCGGCCAACCUUCCUGGUGGCCCAGACGCCGGACGGCCGGUACACCUCCCUGGAGGGUCAGUACCACCACAACACCGUUAGCACCGUGGACAGCACGUACGCCGUGCCGAUGCCCUGGGAGAAGGAUCUGUACCACCUGAAGCACCACAGUCAACCGGUGAAAUUCGGUUACCACUUGGCGGCGCCGGCGCCCGCGCAGGUGCCAGUGUUGCCAGUUUACAAGGACCUCCGGAUACCAAACUACUCGGUGUUCAAUUUUGACUAUGGCCAAAAGGGCCACAAGCUACAUCAUCCGGCACCCUUUGUGAAGAAGCCCCUCAGUAUCCAUCCGACGAAGGCCAUCGUGGCACACGAUUUUCACCAACCAGCCAAACCAAGUCUGUCCGUUUUGCCGCAGAACUUUGUCAGUUACCACGCAGCGUUAGGUAACCUGAUUGGUUACCAACCAGCUUACGCGUACGGUAACGACUGGACCAAAAGCUGGAACCAACCCGGCCUCUUCCAUUCCGACCACUUGUCCCAACCACUCAGCAACGGCUUCGAGGACUUUUUCGGCGAUCCCGGUGGCAAACAUCGCUACUACCGGAACGUGAACCGGCAGGAAGUUGGCACACCGGCGGAGAAGAGCCCAGCCCGGGGCCGCAGCAAACAGCAGUCAUCGCCAUCAUCGCGGACAACGUUCAGUGUCGCGAGCUCGAAGAUGUUGAAGUUCGCGUUUGUGGCCGCGGCCGGUUUGCUCAGCGUUGCCGUGCUGAUCCAGGGCGUCAAGGUCGACUACUACGGGUCACUGUACCAGCGGGACGAGCUGCACGCGCCCUACAAGAGUGCCAAGGAGCCCAAGCAGGACUUUAGCAAGAUCCCGGGCGUGCCCGGCGUGGACUACCCGGUGUACCACGAGGUGCCCCACACGAGCUUCAGCUGUUCGCACGUGCCGGCCAUCCCCGGAAUGUACGCCAACGUUGAGACCGGCUGCCAGGCGUACCACACGUGCCACGAUGGCCGCGAGGGAGACCAGGGAGCGUCCUUCCUGUGCACCAACGGAACCAUCUUCAACCAGAAGGAGUUUGCGUGCGAUUGGUGGUACAACGUCAAGUGCGAGGAGUCGCCCAGCCUGUACCGUCUGAACGCUGACCCCGAGCAUAAUCCCUUCGUGCCGAAGCAAAAGCCAGAGGACGAGCUGCUGCACCACAAGAAGUUUUUGAUCCACGUCUAA